AUGUCCGACCAUACCGCCAAGCGUUCGGCCUAUGGCACCGCAUCCACAGACACCGAUUUCCGCAAGACAUGGGAUCGCGAAGAAUAUGCCAAGAAGGCAAAGGAGAACGAAGCCAAGGCAAAGGAAGAAUCGAAAGCCCGAUAUGAAGCCAAGCUAGCUGGCAAAAAAUGGCACGCCCCCGUCGAUUACAGCACGCUCGAUCAGACUUCGUUGCGAACGCAAAGGCUCGAUGUCGCCUCGAUGGUUGGGAAGACUACCAUGGUGCCUGCGGGUGCUUCUGUUGGGAAAAGAGGCCGCGGAGCUGGAUUCUAUUGCUCUGAUUGUGAUCUCACUUUCAAGGAUAAUAUACAGUUGGUGGAACAUUUGAACAGCAAACAGCAUCUGAUUGCUAUUGGGGAGAGCGGUGAAGUCAAGCGCGCGACACUUGAGGACGUUCGAAAUCGAUUACGGUGGCUGGCGCAUAAGAAACGAGAAAAGGAAGAAGAAGAUCGCAGAGCUUUUAAUUUGGAUCUUGAUGCUCGCUUAAGAGAUCGAGAAGAGCAAGAAGCCAGAGAACGCGAAGAGAAGAGAGCCAAACGAAGAGAGAAACGGAGGGCCGUCAAGCAAGAGGAUGAUGAGGGUUGGGAGGGUAGGCUAGGAAUAAUUGCAUAA